AUGGUGCACACUGCUUGUCCGUCCGUGCUUGCACUUCGACUACCAGAUCCUCGAUUUAGCGUCGACUUUAACAGUUACCAGAUCGACGCCAGCGCGUAUGCUAUUUCCAGAAAGUACAUGCAAGACCUAUUUCCAGGACAGAACAAGCCUCUACCGCCACCAAAGACUGGCACGGUGUACAAUCGUACCCUCCGUUCAAAGCCUUCAUGUGAACUACCGCGAAAAUGUAGCCCUCUGGCAGUAUUCACAGCACCAAGCACAGUCAGGAAAUACGACCAAGCGUCUGUAGAGUGUCCCAUCAUGCUUGACGAGUCGCAUUCCAGUGCGUCUGACUGGUCCUCGGCCUCUCCCAACUCAACAAUGGUCUCUUCCAUGACUUCCAAUACCACGGCCAUCACAAGCAAUUCGAGUUCGUCGGAUUUUCCACUCAAACGAGCAAGGACUAUCAGAAGAUCACGUAUCUCUCUUCUUGACCUUCCCCAGACGACAGUGGAGCAAAUAUUAGCAUACGUUCUGACUCAGGAACGUUCCAUUUCGAUUACGCCACACCAACCUCAAACAUCACCGAAAACCCUCCGUCGGCAACAAUAUAGGACUAAGACGGUGGAUAUUCGAUCCAUUAUGCAGCACCCUGUACUACUCGUCUCUCACCAAAUGCGCGCCUUGGGACUGAAUACGCUGUAUCAGAAAGGACAUUUCCUGAUUGACCUGUGCAACAUGAGUAAUGGUACUGACGCGGAUGGAAAAGAAGCAGAAAAUAUUUGGGACUUCUGGAAAGACAGCACGACUCCACGAGUUGUGCAAGAAGCACUUAGCCGAGCUUUGAAUGUUCGCUUUCAGGUGCCUGUUCCUAGCAUGGAGGCCACGGUUGGGCGUGGCGAGAAGAAGAGGAAGACCGAGCAUCAAGACGAUCCACCUACGGUCCAUGAAAUUUUACAAGCAAUCACAGCUCUGAUAACUGGAGUGUCGAAAAACAUCCCUAAAGAGCAACCUCGUUCAGCAAGUCCCACGGGGCCUCAAACUCUACGCCGCAAGCUUAGUUUUCGUUCCGCAAAGCGUCCCGACUCCCUGGAAUUUGCCUGCCGGGGACAUUCUCCUGUACAUCAGCCACGAGAGCCGCUGCAUAAACUUGAGGUUGUGCUAGUAAAAUCGAGCACUGAAGCCGAAGUACCCAGUCAGACACUGGAGCUGGUAGCGACUUGCAGCAGUAUUCCCGUAGCGAAAUCACUGGAGUACUACCUCCAACUGGAGGAGAGGCGCAGGCUCUGGGCAAAAAGGGACAUGGGUAAAUGGCAGGGAUGUGAGCCGGACGGGACCAAGCUUCUACAUGACCUGCGAUCUCUUGGUAGAAUACCCGUUAGGCCUCGGCCUGAGCAUCGUCCCGACACAAGCAAGAAGGUUGCUGCGCGGCCGACAGCGCGAACGGAUAGGACACAAAAGGAAAAGGUGUGGUAUAAACAACACUUGACCGGUGGCAAGCUGCACAAGGACCAGAAACUACAGCCAUUCACUCAUGGGAUAAUGGUGAAGAAAACGAAAGAGGUGGAGAACCAAUCCAAAUUCAAGAUUCUAAAGGGUACUAGGCAACCUCCAACGGUGCAAGAGCUUCAGCAAAUCGCCGCGGACAUCAGGCGAGGGAUAUAUUAA